AUGGAAUUACGCCAACGGAAUAUAUCACGAGAUGUAGACAGUGCUAAAGGUACGACUAGAAGGAAUAUGCUGAAAAAUGUUAAAUCCGAUUGGUUUAUUGAUAAGAAGUCGCAAUAUCUGGGUUUCCGACAUUGGUUGCUGAUUCUGAUGAUUGUUAGUGGGAUCUACGGAUUUGUCGUUUACCAGGACAAUCGAAUGCCCGAAGUUAAGCCAGCAGGACAGUUUGAUGAAUUCUCAGAAGAAAGAGCACGAUUGUUGCUGAAUUCACUUACGGACCUUGGGCCACGUACCAGUGGUUCGGAAAACUGUGAAGUGCAUGCAUUUAAACUUAUAAAUGAUAGGUUGAAAAAUGCAAAAGCAGAAGUUGAAGUUCGAGGAGUGAACCGUUUGGAAAUUGAUAUUCAACGUCCAUCUGGAUGCUUUGAUCUCGGAUUCUUAUCUUCGUUCACCUUAUGUUACCACAAAAUAACCAAUGUCAUUGCACGGAUUGGACCAAGAGUUCCACCAAAACAUUCCAUUUUACUGAAUUGUCAUUUCGAUACGUUUCCGGGUUCACCUGGUGCGACUGAUGAUGCUGUAAGCUGUGCAGUUAUGAUGGAGGUUAUGGAUAUUUUAUCUCAUUCAAAAGAAUCACUUGAAAACGAUAUAAUUUUUCUUUUCAAUGGAGCUGAAGAAAAUUUUUUGCAAGCAUCACAUGGUUUCAUUACACAGCAUCCAUGGCGACAUUCUGUUCGAGCAUUUGUGAACUUGGAGGGCUCUGGAGCUGGUGGCCGUGAAAUACUGUUUCAGGCUGGACCCGGAAAUUCCUGGCUUUUGCAUACCUAUCUAGAAAAUGCACCUCAUCCUCACUGCAGCGUUUUAGCGCAGGAGAUUUUCCAAGCUGGUAUUAUACCAUCUGAUACAGAUUUUCGGGUUUUCCGAGAUUAUGGUCGUAUUUCAGGCCUUGAUAUUGCUUAUUUUCGAAAUGGAUGGGUUUAUCACACAGAAUUUGAUACUCCAAAAUUCAUAACUCCAGGAUGUAUUCAAAGAGCAGGAGAGAAUCUACUUGCCGUUACUAAGGCUUUGAUCAAAUCUCCCUAUCUGGAUCGACCAGGUGAUUUUGAGCAGGGUAACCGUUGGGUAUUUUAUGAUGUUGUUGGCAUUUUUACGGUUUUUUAUCCGAUAGAUCUUGGAGAAGUUCUCAAUUAUACGACUGCAAUAGCGGCGUUGAUCAUUAUUGCUUAUCAUAUUCAAAAAGGUUUUUAUAAUUUAGUGGAUUUAAUUAAAGCAGUUAUUGGUCAUAUUGUCGCGGCAGCUGUCAUGUUUGCAACAGGCACAUCAGUUGCCUUAAUUGUCACCAAACUCGAUAUGAUAAUGUGCUGGUAUUCACUUCCAGAACUCGCUUUCCCUCUCUAUAUAUUUCCUCUUCUUAUCGCUGGUUGUGCUACUCAUACGAUCUUAGCUCAACUGCAUAAAAGACCUAAUCAGGAAAUGAUACAUUUUGAUGGUGUGUUAUUGUUAUUUUCAACAUGGCUGGCACUUGCAACAUUUGCUGGUAUUGCUGGUGCAUCCUUUUUACUUUAUAAUUCUUUCUUCUUAUUACUUCGUGAGCCGUUGCUUUGGCUUUUCGGGAAGAUGCGAAUUAUAACAAAAAUCUCUCCACAAUGGUUGUUAAUUACACAAUUGUUGUGUACUGUUCCUGUGAUGGUAUUCGAUGCUUAUUCAGCAAUGCUACUUUUUGAGUUCUUCGUCCCAGUUACAGGACGAAUGGGUGUAGCAAUUAAUCCUGAAUUUAUUAUUGUUCUAAUGAGUCUCUUUGUUGGACUAUGUUUUAUUCUUUUUACGAGUAAUCUGUUGUAUGUUAGUCGUCGCAUGGAUUAUCUCCUAAAGUGUGGCUUAAUGUUAUAUUGCGUUUUUUUUACAGCAUUAUUUAGUACAAGGCUUGGCUGGCCUUAUAAAUACUCUGAAGAAAGCCCUCGUCUAAGACGUCUUAUUACAUUGGAUAGCGAACGAUCAAUUUAUCCUUUCCAAAGCAAUACAUCAAUUCAGGAACAUGCAUUGUUCGUACAAACCUUAGAUUAUCGUGGUAUUACCGAUUUGCCGGAACACACUUUUUUGACCGGAAACAGUGAGCCGAACUGCAGUGGUAUAAAAGAUGAGUAUUGUCGUCUUCCAUAUUAUACAGCUGUUCAUCAGUUGUUCCCUCCGCGGGAAUCUCGUUGGAUACCAUUACCUGGUCACCCACGGAUAGCCAGUCCCAUCAAAGUCAUUAAUGUUGAGAAACAUUUGUUGUCGGGAUCUGAACUGCGAUUAAGUUUUACGGUUUCGGGUGGCACCGAUAAAAUGUCACUACAUCUGACACCUAUGGACGAUUUUGAAAUUGACAGUUGGUCAUUUACAAAGUUCCGGUCUGGUGGGUUUAGUAAGCGCAAUACUUAUUUCGUUUUUCUUACUUAUGGUGCCGAAGCUCCAAAGGAACGAAAUUUCUGGAUUAUUCUUAAAUCGAGACGUGUCGAUUUGAAUGAUUUGAACAUCAACAAGACACCAGUCUUAGAAAUAUCAGUGGCCACACAUUAUGCUCAUGGCUCUUAUCAGUAUUCCGACACUCUUAAUCAACUCCGAUCAUUAAUUGAAUCACGACGAAAGACACCACAUUUGGCUAUAGGUUGGUGGAGAUGGGCAAUUACAACAACUGCAGCGGUUUCUGAAAUUGUGGUGCACACACUUUAA